AUGACAGGAUACAUCGAUUUUCUGUGCAGCAGGAAACCCAGGGGUUGAACCCAGUGGCCAUCCUGCUCUCCUUCUCCCUCAGCUUCUCUCUAUCCCUGUCUACGGACAUCCAAACACAGCACACAGCUGAAGGGAUGCUGACCUUUCUGAGGGGAGCAGUGCAGCCAGUGAUGGUCAGCAGGACAAGGGAUAUUGUCCACAAACGCAACUCCAGCAUCUACAGCAAACCACCCAAAAACAAGAUCGGACCUGGGCAAAGUUUCUUGAUCAUGUCUGUGUUUGCCGUUGCCCUCCUGGCCCCCGCUGGCUGGAUUCUACACCACAUCCCAGAAUAUCGAGAGAGAGCAAAAACACCACCAUCCUGAAAACCAUCCACUUCUGUCAUGGUCAGCAGAAAUCUGGCUUACCUCUAAAGCAUUAUUCACCUCCACAGAAACAAUUCAAUCAUCAGUAUCAUGAGUACCUUCGGAUGUAACAAUAUAAUAUUAAAAAUCUGUUAUUGUAAAGAUAACAAUAAUAAAAUACAUAACAGUCCUAUCUACAAUAAAAAAGAUUGAAAUGUUUAUGAUGCCCCAUGUGAAUGUAAUAAGAAAUAUAAUCCUGUGGUGUUUAGUGCCUUAGGACUGUGGCCCUUAAUGUAAGCAGUGGCCCUUAUUAUAUACGCUUUCCACUGCAAUAAAGUGUGUUUUAUACCGUC